UGUUUUUUUUUUUUACUUCCGGGUUUCACGCCUUCCUCUGCCUGGACUCUGAAAAAGCGUCUUCCAGCUGAAGAUGUUGUGAUUCGCGUCUUUCCUUCGUGUCCGUGGGUGUGGAGAUGACCCCGGAGCAGCGGGACUUCAUCCUGCAGGCGUGCGCAGCCUCCUCCCUGUGCGCAGGCGCGACGAUCCAGAGCCUGUGGAGCGGUUACGGGGAGAUUGUGCGCGUGCACCUGCAGGGCUGCCGCCGGCCCUCCGUCAUCCUCAAGCACGUGAAGUUCCCGGAGGAGGCGGGGCGCCCCGGCGCCGGCGGCGGGAACACGGACCGGUCCCACAGACGGAAGGUCCGAUCCUACCAGGUGGAGACGAACUGGUACCAGAACUUCUCCACCGACGACAGCUGCCGCAUCCCCGCCUGCCUGGCGGCCUGUUCCCAUGGCGACGAGAUGCUGAUAGUCCUGGAGGAUCUGGAUGUGGCGGGAUUUGAUGGGAGACGAAAAGAAAAGGACAAACUCGGCUCCAGCCUUCAGUUUGUAGCCGUCGCAGGACGGAGUCGGCUUUUCUUCUAACAUGAGCCAUGGACUCGGGGGGAGUGGAUAGCCCUGUGACCCUGAUCAUAAAGGCCCCCAACCAGAAGUAUGAAGACCAGACCAUCAACUGCUUCCUGAACUGGACUGUGGAGAGGCUGAAGAGCCACAUCUCCAACGUGUACCCCAGCAGACCGCUCUGCAGGGACCAGCGGCUGGUGUACUCGGGACGCCUCCUUCAGGACCACCUGCAGCUCAGAGACGUGCUCAGAAAGAAGGACGAAUACCACAUGAUGCAUCUUGUCUGCGCCUCCCACAGUCCUCCAGCGUCUCCGGUGCCUCGGACUCCUUCCAGCUCCUCCGACUCCAGCAGUUCAGACGAUUCACCGAGCACGGAGAACCUCCCGGCCCCCUCCUCCUCUGUCCCAGGAAGUCAUGAAGGUUUGAGGUACCGCCUCCCCCCCAAUGCUCAGUGGCCGGCUGCAGCGCAGGUCCCUCUACAAGGCGGCCUGCCCCCCAACGUGCCCUUUCACCCCGUGUACAUGCCCCUGCAGAUGCUGUGGUGGCAGCAGAUGUACGCGCGUCACUACUACCUACAGUACCACGCAGCUGUGGCCUCCGCCCAGCCCGCCGCCCCGCCAGUCCCUGCCCCAUCCCCCUCGCCCAUGGCCCCUGCUCAGCCCAAUGAAGCCGUACAGCCGCUCGGCCCCGCCCAAAACCCCCUGCCAGAGGACCAGCCGGCCAACCCCAUCCAGAUGAACGCACAGGGCGGGCCCGUGCUGAACGAUGACGAGCUGAACCGCGACUGGCUGGACUGGCUGUACACGGUGUCCCGCGCCGGCGUGCUGCUCAGCAUCGUCUACUUCUACUCCUCCUUCAGCCGCUUCGUCAUGGUGGCUGGUGCCAUGUUGCUAGUCUACCUGUACCAGGCGGGGUGGGCGAUCUUCAGACCGGAGCAGCAGAACUUCAGAGGAGUGGAUCGGGUCGGUGCUCCACAAGGGGAGGCAGAGCGACGGCAGGACAUCCAGGAAAUGGAGCGCCUGAUGGAUGAGGGGAUGGAGGAUGAGGAAAGUGCUGAGGAGGGCGGGGGAGGUCCGGAGGACCGGGCCCUCGCCGCGGCUCAGCCAGAACCCAGCUUACUGACCACAGCGUGGUCCUUCAUCAGCACCUUCUUCACUUCACUCCUCCCUGAGAGACCCCCCCACAUGGCUAACUAGACCCCCACCCCCCACAGCUUCCAGCAGGUGCUUCUGACCUCCAUGGACCUGUUCACUCCAGAGUGACCAGAACCCGUCAGAACAUCUGUCUGCUGCCAACAUUUGAAGUGGUUCAGAGAGACGGUGUAGAGAACGUGGCGGUUGAAGGUUGUGGUGUUUCUUUUCCUGAAUGACGGCGACGGUUGGAACCGAUUGAGGAGCCGUCCUCCCGCCUGGACGGUGUCGAGGUUCUGAAGCUUUUAUGGAGAAACUGGACUCAGAGUUGAAAGGAGGGAGGGUGUUGACGUGGGUGCAGCAGUUACUAAAGCACAUUUUAUGUAUUUAACACGUGUAAGUAUAUGCAUCUUUGAUUCUUGAUUAUGUGCUUUUUGAAUAAAAAACUUUGAAUUGA